CCCCGCCCUCGUGCGGCUCAACUUUCAUACACACGCCUCCAUCCGAGCCCACCCUCGGAAGACCGGGUGAGUCGGCGAUUGACAAGGAGGGUGGGGUAGAUAGUAGUUGACGACAACGCCCCUCGGAUACUCAACCUGGCUAGGAGGGGCCGGCGCUUGAUUGGUGGCGCUGUUCUCGAUGCACCCACACGCAAUUGACUUCGUCUUAUAUCUACAUCUCUAGGUAGGCGUGGCAUAAGGAUGCUGGGAAAUAUUUUUCACUUUCCAGGACGUCACGACGAACCUUGUGGCAUACUCGCUUCCCAAUCUACAACCCGUAAAGAAGGAGACUUAGACACACAGCAUGGACUCAUCCGAAUUCCGCGCCGCCGCCCAAGAGGUUGUGGAAGACAUCACCAAUUACUAUGAUACUAUUGCCUCCCAGCCCAAGGUUCUCCCCUCCGUAACGCCGGGCUACCUCCGCCCCCUUCUUCCGGCCUCGGCCCCGGAGGACCCGGAGCCUUGGCAGGCCAUCCACGCCGACCUCCAGUCGCACAUCGUCCCGGGCAUCACCCACUGGCAGUCCCCUUCCUUCCACGCCUUCUUCCCCUGCUCCUCCUCCUACCCCGCCAUGCUCGCCGAGCUCUACUCCAACGCCUUCACCGGCGCCCACUUCAAUUGGAUCUGCUCCCCGGCCGUCACCGAGCUCGAGACCAUCGUCCUCGACUGGCUCGCGCGCCUCCUCGUCCUGCCCGAAUGUUACCUCUCCACCGCCCCGACCCGCGGUGGCGGCGUCCUCCACGGCUCCGCCUCCGAGGCUAUCCUCACCGUCAUGGUCGCCGCCCGCGACAAGUUCCUCCGCGACGCCACCGCUCACCUCCCUGCCGGCUCGGACGAGAAGGAGGAGGAGACUUGGCGCCUACGCUCCAAACUCGUCGCCCUCGGCAGCGAGGCCGCCCACUCGUCCACCAAGAAGGCCGCGCAGAUCCUCGGCGUCCGCUUCGCCACUGUCCCGGCCCCCGCCGAGGCGGGCUACGCCAUGUCCGGCACUGCCCUCGCCUCCGCCGUUGCCGCCCUCCGCGCCAAGGGGCUCGAGCCAUUCUAUCUCACCGCGACCCUGGGGACGACCGACACCUGCGCCGUCGACGACUUCCCCAGCAUCCGCGAUGCGCUAUCACCCGACGAACGGGACCGGAUCUGGGUCCAUGUGGACGCGGCAUACGCCGGUUCGGCACUCAUGCUUCCCGAGAACGCGCACCUCACCGCACCGUUCGCCGCCUUCCACUCCUUCAACUUCAACCCCCACAAGUGGAUGCUCACCAACUUUGACUGCUCGGCCCUCUGGGUCCGUGACCGCGCCUGGCUGGUCGAGUCGCUGAGCAUCAAGCCGGCCUACCUGCGCAACCAGUUCUCCGAGACCGGCCUGGUGACCGACUACCGCGACUGGCAGAUUCCCCUCGGCAGGCGCUUCCGGAGCCUGAAGCUCUGGUUCGUCCUGCGGGCGUACGGCGCCAACGGGAUCCGGGCGCACCUCCGGCGCGGCAUCGAUCUUGGGGAAAGGUUUGCGGAGAUGGUCAGGUCGAGAGACGAUCUCUUUGAGAUCAUCACUGGGCCGAGGUUCGCGCUGGUGGUCUUUGCCUGUAAGGGGCCGAGUCGGGAUGAGAGCAACAAGGUGACGGAGGCGGUGUUGGAGGGUGUGAAUGGCGAGGGGGUGAUUUACCUAACGCCGACGACGUUGCAUGGGACUUAUGGCAUCCGCAUGUGCACGGGAAGCAGCCAGAUCAUUAACGAGGAACAUGUCAAGAAGGCGUUUGAUAUAUUGGUUGCGGCGACUGAGAAGACAUUGGCCCAGCGGAAGUAAGCUCGACAUCCUGUGCGUACAAAGGAACGGAUGGACCCGACCAUGGCCUGUGACUUCACCGUCAAAUUUAACUUCUUGCUACUUGUUUAUAUGUUAAAAACAGUUAGAUGCGGUCAAAGAGCAAGACACGCCUUCUUGGUACACUUCGUCUUGGGCAGACAUUAGUAGUCGAGUGGCUAACCAACGAUGUAAACGUUGUACAUUGUGGGUAACCAGAGGAUGUGGUGACAUCAGCAACCACGUCAGAUUGUCCCAUUUUCUUUUAGUUAUGCCAAUUGAUGAAUCGAAAUUCUUAUACGUAAGGUGAAAUCAUACCAAAAUUCUCAUAAUCAGCGAUAUGAGACAUGGUAACAAAGCAGUGGUGUGAUUUUAUGAGGCC